AUGGUCAGAUUGGGGUGGCUUGACCUCGGAACCGAUGGGUGGCAGGGUUUCAAGAUGGCUGAGCUCGCCCAAAACUAUAAUGAGCUGGAGAGGUGUACAGAAGAUAUUCUCUCUGUAAUCAAGCCAACUGAGGACGAUCGGAACAAACGACUACAUGCGAUUCAGGAGAUUGUGAAUUCCAUCCAUUUACCCAGUUGCUUGGGAGAUGCUGCUGUCAAACCUUUUGGAUCCUUUGUAUCAAAUCUGUAUGCAAAAUCAGGUGAUUUGGACGUAUCAGUUGAGCUUCCAAAUAAGUAUGGCUUCACUACAAGCAAGGAAAAGAAGCAGGAUGUCUUGAGAGAACUAAUGAUAGCUUUACAACUUGAAGAUGUUGCUAGAAAUGUUAACUUCAUUUCUACUGCAAGAGUUCCAAUUCUUCAGUAUGUGAGCAACCGCUUUGGCAUUUCGUGUGAUAUAUCUAUCGAUAACUACACUGGUCGAAUUAAAUCCAAAGUGUUGUACUGGAUCAGUACUAUAGAUGCGCGAUUUGGUGAUAUGGUUUUAUUGGUCAAGGAAUGGGCAAAAGCUCAAAACAUUAAUGAUCCAAAAAAUGGAACCCUGAACUCCUAUUCGCUUUGCUUACUUGUUCUUUUUCAUUUUCAGACAUGUAAGCCUGCAAUUUUACCACCUUUGAAGGAGAUUUUUGAUGUGGAUAUUCCAGAAGGAAGGCCGUUUAAUGAAAAAAAUCUUGAUAAGAUGUGUGUGGAAAAUAUAGCAAAAUUUCGACGUAAAGACACAGGGCAAAGAAAUCAGAGCUCUCUGUCCCAUCUCCUUGCAACUUUUUUUGAGAAGCCAUUCACUGCCAUAUUUUAG